UUGGAAGUUGGCAGGUGGAGAGGCAGGUUGGGAGGGGAAGUCGGGGGAGGAGGCGGAAGAGUUGCUGUCGGAAGGGGGAGGAGGGAGGGGGGAAAAGAGGAGGAGGCGGUGGAGAUCUGAGCUGAGCCGAGCAUCGAGCCAAAGGGGAGAUGAGUUUGUCUGUCCUCGGCUGAGGCUCCGGCCGGGCCUAGGGAACUGGGAGCUCGGGUUGGAGCGACACCCGUGGAAGUGGGAGGAGGUGGCUCUGGGACUUUAACCCCUUGUGGGCGCUGCGGCAGGGGAUUUAACCCUUUGUGGAUUCGGCCCCUCGGAGGCAGCGUCAUCGGGUAGUUUUAACCCCUUCGGGGCUGGGUUUAACCCGUUGGACUUUAACCUCAUCUCCUUGCCCACCAACUCCUCGAUCGUGGGGGCGCUCUGCGGGGAGGCUUGAGGUCCACCCCCUUUGCACAUUACGUACUGUUACUGCUGCUGCACCCCCUGGACCCGCUAGCUGGCCGCGCUGUGGGCACUUAACCCUUUACUGACUUGAGCUCUCCCAAGUUGCAAUUGGAGUUUGUUUACAGAAGGACUGGCUAAAGGCGUCACUGCAGGAAUUACAGACCGAAGAGGACUCUGCUGGACAUUUUUUAAAAGAAAAGAAAAACCUCUUUUUUCUUUAAGGACUUACAGCCAAAAUUUUUCAAACUUCGAGAAGAGGACUCUAUUAGUCAUGGCCGAGCCACUCUUGUCAGAAUACCAGCACCAGCCUCAAACUAGCAACUGUACAGGUGCUGUUGCUGUUCAUGAUGAGCGGAACCCCGAUCGCCCCCCAGGCGCGGAGGAGCGGGUGCCCGAGGAGGACAGUAGGUGGCAAUCGAGAGCGUCCCCCCAGUCGGGUGGCCGUCCGGGGCAGGAGGGGGAAGGGAGCUUGGAGCCGCAGCCGCCUCUCCUGCAGACCCCCGUCUGUCCAGAACCUAGCUGCCCGCAAGCAAGCAAGAAGGGCCAGAAUGGGGACGACUUGUCCGCUGGCGGAGCCCCCUCGCCGGCGGCUGGGGGGGAACCGAGGCCCGAGGCCGAGCCUCUCGCACAGCCAUGUCAUGAUUCCGAGGCCAACAAGUUGGGGGCUCCUGCUGCAGGGGGCGAGGAGGCGUGGGGACAGCAGCAGAGACAGCUGGGCAAGAAAAAACAUAGGAGACGCCCCUCCAAGAAGAAGCGGCAUUGGAAACCGUACUACAAGCUGACUUGGGAGGAGAAGAAAAAGUUCGACGAGAAACAGAGCCUGCGAGCUUCAAGGAUUCGAGCUGAGAUGUUCGCCAAGGGCCAGCCUGUCGCACCCUAUAACACCACGCAGUUCCUCAUGGAUGAUCACGACCAAGAGGAGCCGGAUCUCAAAACCGGUCUCUACCCCAAGCGGGCCGCUGCCAAAUCCGACGACACCAGCGAUGAGGACUUCAUGGAAGAAGCGGGCGAGGAGGAUGGGGGCAGCGACGGGAUGGGAGGAGACGGCAGCGAGUUUCUGCAGCGGGACUUCUCGGAGACCUACGAGCGGUACCACGCGGAGAGUCUGCAGAACAUGAGCAAGCAGGAACUCAUCAAGGAGUACUUGGAGCUGGAGAAGUGCCUCUCGCGCAUGGAGGACGAGAAUAACCGGCUGCGGCUGGAAAGCAAGCGGCUGGGCGGCGACGACGCGCGUGUGCGGGAGCUGGAGCUAGAGCUGGACCGGCUGCGCGCCGAGAACCUCCAGCUGCUGACGGAGAACGAACUGCACCGGCAGCAGGAGCGAGCGCCGCUGUCCAAGUUUGGAGACUAGACUGAAACUUUUUUGGGGGAGGGGGCAAAGGGGACUUUUUACAGUGAUGGAAUGUAACAUUAUACACAUGUGUAUAUAAGACAGUGGACCUUUUUAUGACAAUAAUCAGAAGAGCAAAUCCCCCCGGCUUUGGUUGGUUUGGUAAAUUUAGCUAUGAUGUAGCUUGCGUGCUUUUCUCCUGUUCUUUAAUUAUGUGAAACUGAAGGGUUGCUUUUCUUGUUUUCUUUUUAGAAGUUUUUUUUUUUUUUUAAUGUGUAAGUAACUUGACCAAGUUAUAAUGCAUUUUUCUGUUAAAAAAUCCCCUCCUUAAACGGAGCUAUAAGGUGGCCAAAUCUGAGAACCAUUAAAUUCAUUCUAGCUAUAAUAAAUUUAAUAUUUGUAAAUGUAA